AUGAGCACACUAAAAGGCGCUUCUGAAGCUUUUCCGAAAGAGACGGUACACAAAUCCGGAUACGGAUCUGAAGCAUCAAUUACGUCACACAUAUAUGGGCGGAGCAAUUCUUCAAAUAUGCCUCCAAAGAUUCAGUCUAAAAAGCGAUCCAAAAAACAAACUGAAAAAACUGUUGAUGCUCGAGCUGAUUUAAAUGGAGCAAGAAAUGGGAUAGGAACGCAAAUGCAAAAAUGCCAUUUAUCGGAAGAUAGGAAAAAUAACGAUGUCUUAGAAAGAAAAGUCAAAGUAUGGAAAGGACUAACUGAUUACACGGAAGACCAAUUUUCUUCAGAUAGCGAUGACGAAAUCUAUAAAGGUUUCGUUAACGAUGAUGUCGAAACAUGUAAGGAGAGAUUUGAGUUCCUACUGAACAGACCUCUCAAACGGAAGACGAAAAAUGGGAAGGCAAAAAAUAAAGUCCGGAGGACGAGAUUUCGAGAUGUCCAGGAAGAAAGAGACUGGAGGAAUAAAACUGAUGACAUAAAAGAAUCUCUAAACAAGAUGGUGAACAGCGAUGGAACUAUUUCUAAGGAGGAAGUCUUGAAACUUUUUGAGUUAUAA